GUCUCUCUAUAUAUUACAACGUUCGAGACGAACUGUUUCCGUCCGUUCGUCGGCGAGGAACUUCUUGUCGAAGUGCAUGACGUAACGCGAAGUCGUCGUCUGGACAGUGUUUCUUAGUGGCCAUUUUGUUUCCAACCGCACGGCAGAUUAAGGUGUGUCCGUGUACGUCCGCUCGUCGGCCCGGCAGCGUGAUGGAUUCAAAGCGGUAUGAACGCAGCACCAGGUCGAAUACCGAAUCGCCACCCGCUCCGCCCUCGCCUCCCAUGUAUAGUACAGGUUACAGCACGACACACGACGGUCACAAGAGCCGAGUCAGCACGCGGCACUCGCCUUCGCCCACCGUGGACUACCAUCGAAGCAGUAGAUCCUCGCGGAACGACUCGCCACUCCAGGAGCGACGCAAGCGUCGCCGUAGUGGCUCACGACCAUCCCCGGUGCGCUCCCACAGACGGUCCAGAUCCAGCGACCGGGACCGGGAUCGCGAUCGUGAUCGCGACCGCGAUCGAGAAAGGUCGCGCAAAUAUUCCAGAAGAGAUAGAUCGCGAUCAAGAUCGCGCGGCAGAUCCCGCUCGCGGGACAGAAGACGGAGUCGCAGUCGUAAUCGCAGCAAAGACAGGCAUAGGUACAAAGAAAGCCGCAGGCAUCACGCUAGAGCACCGUCAUACGAGUCGGAUGCUUUGGAGGAUCACGGAGAAGAGGCCGGAAUGGCGACGCAUCAGACGGCGACUGUUGCCCCGCAGCCAAAUGCCUUCAAGAAUGAUGGUAGCUUCAUGGAGAUGUUCAAGAAGAUGCAAGAGCAAAUGCAGCCCACCGUGCAAAAACCCACCACUUCCGUGCUGGAGGAGAAGCAUGUGGUGCCGCCGCCGUUAAUGGUGGGCAAGAGAAGAGGCGGUAGAAUUCUAAAGACCGGAAUGGUGGCAAAGCCAAAGACAGAACAGACGGUGGAACAGCCGAAGGACGCGUGGUCGCUGUACAUGGCGGAGGUGAAGAAGUAUCGAGAAGUCUGCUGUCAGGAGGAGGACAACACACGGCCGUUGGUCAAAUAGCUUCGACAUUUUCGACGUUGCCCUUCUUUAUGUACUUCGACUCAUUACUUUUCUUCUAAGACACCUGUAGUUAGCUCACGUUAUUCUUAAGAAAACGCGGAAUAGAUACUGCUGUUUGAAGGCUCCUUUCAUUCGUUUCGUUUCGUUUCGCAAGCGUCGCGUUCGUUCAAGUUCAGCGCCGUAAGACUUCUCUGUAACGAUCCGAACGAAAGGCACACGACGAGGACGCGGAGUGUCCGGAGCAGCGGAUUUAUUUGUGAUAUAGUGUCGCGUGUGUUUUGAGAGACAAAUGGACGAGAGCGAGAGAGAAACGUAGAAUUUACUUUGACGGGCGAAAAGGGGGUAGAAAGUGGGAGGGAGAGAAAGAGAGAGAGAGAGAGAGGAUGAAACAAAUCCGUGCUGAAAUUUAGAGAUUAAGUAAUUUAUGACUUGUU